UCAUGUUGGAAGACCAACUCAAGUCUGAUGGUCCUCCAAUCCUCCAUAUGGCUGACUGCGUUUUGUUACCACCGGAAACUUCGGGAAGAUUUACCAUUAUUUCUAAGGACCCAGGAAAUGGAGUCAGUGGGAGAACCUAUUCAAAUACAGAGUGCUGUGAAACCCUGUCUGCAGAUGAAGAGGUCCUAAUUAAUGUCCCAAGAGAAUAUACCAUGGAUUAUCUAUUAGUACAUGAUUGUGAAGAAAAAUACAGUUUAAAAGUAACACUAUGUAUAAACACAUUACAACUGGAGCAGGCCAACCGUACUGGGUGUGCAGGCUUCUGCUCCAGCCAUGCACUAACACACCUGAUUCAAUGUGUCAAACCUAAUGAGUUAAUAAUCAGGCGUUCUAAUGCUGGACUGGAACAGAAGUCUGUUCCCCCAGUAGAUCAGUGAUGUUGGACACCUCUGGUAUUGACGUUUUUUGUUCACCUGAAAUUGUUUUAGUAAUAACAACAUACGUGUUACUAAAAUGUCUAACCUUUUACCAAGGAGUUAGCUUACACUUUGACAGUGUUGAUUUGUGCAGUUAAGUGUUAAUGUAACUAUUAUUCAAGAUGAACUAGUGUUAUGUUGAUUAAUCACAGAUCACAAUCCUGCAAUAAAGAGGAAUCUGUCUCUAAUUUGUCUGUUUCUGUGUUCUAUUCUCAUUUGAACAUUUACCUCUCCAAUUAGUUUUAUUUGAUUGUCACUAUUUUUUCAGGAUAUCGGCCAUGUGAACCCAUUUUGCAGCUGAUAAUGGCAUGCAGCACCAAUGCAGCCACAGGCCUACAGCAGUGGUUCCCAACUCCAGUCCUCCAGUUCCCCACAACAGCCCAACUCCAGUUCCCCACAACAGCCCAACUCCAGUUCCCCACAACAGCCCAACUCCAGUUCCCCACAACAGCCCAACUCCAGUUCCCCACAACAGCCCAACUCCAGUCCUUCAGUUCCCCACAACAGCCCAACUCCAGUCCUUCAGUUCCCCACAACAGCCCAACUCCAGUCCUUCAGUUCCCCACAACAGCCCAACUCCAGUCCUUCAGUUCCCCACAACAGCCCAACUCCAGUCCUUCAGUUCCCCACAACAGCCCAACUCCAGUCCUUCAGUUCCCCACAACAGCCCAACUCCAGUCCUUCAGUUCCCCACAACAGCCCAACUCCAGUCCUCCAGUUCCCCACAACAGCCCAACUCCAGUUCCCCACAACAGCCCAACUCCAGUCCUUCAGUUCCCCACAACAGCCCAACUCCAGUCCUUCAGUUCCCCACAACAGCCCAACUCCAACCCUCCAGUUCCCCCAACUCCAAUCCUCCAGUUCCCCCAACUCCAGUCCUCCAGUUCCCCACAACAUCCCAACUCCAACCCUCCAGUUCCCCACAACAGCCCAACUCCAGUCCUCCAGUUCCCCACAACAGCCCAACUCCAACCCUCCAGUUCCCCACAACAGCCCAACUCCAGUCCUCCAGUUCCCCACAACAGCCCAACUCCAACCCUCCAGUUCCCCACAACAGCCCAACUCCAGUCCUCCAGUUCCCCACAACAGCCCAACUCCAGUACUCCAGUUCCCCACAACAGCCCAACUCCAGUCCUCCAGUUCCCCACAACAGCCCAACUCCAGUCCUCCAGUUCCCCACAACAGCCCAACUCCAGUCCUCCAGUUCCCCACAACAGCCCAACUCCAGUCCACCAGUUCCCCACAACAGCCCAACUCCAGUCCUCCAGUUCCCCACAACAGCCCAACUCCAGUCCUCCAGUUCCCCACAACAGCCCAACUCCAGUCCUCCAGUUCCCCACAACAGCCCAACUCCAGUUCCCCACAACAGCCCAACUCCAGUCCUCCAGUUCCCCACAACAGCCCAACUCCAGUUCCCCACAACAGCCCAACUCCAGUCCUUCAGUUCCCCACAACAGCCCAACUCCAGUCCUUCAGUUCCCCACAACAGCCCAACUCCAACCCUCCAGUUCCCCCAACUCCAACCCUCCAGUUCCCCCAACUCCAGUCCUCCAGUUCCCCACAACAGCCCAACUCCAACCCUCCAGUUCCCCCAACUCCAGUCCUCUAGUUCCCACAACAGCCCAACUCCAACCCUCCAGUUCCCCCAACUCCAGUCCUCUAGUUCCCCCAACAGCCCAACUCCAGUCCUCCAGUUCCCCCAACUCCAACCCUCCAGUUCCCCACAACAGCCAAACUCCAACCGUCCAGUUCCCCACAACAGCCCAACUCCAACCCUCCAGUUCCCCACAACAGCCCAACUCCAACCCUCCAGUUCCCCACAACAGCCCAACUCCAACCCUCCAGUUCCCCACAACAGCCCAACUCCAACCCUCCAGUUCCCCACAACAGCCCAACUCCAGUCCUCCAGUUCCCCACAACAGCCCAACUCCAGUCCUCCAGUUCCCCACAACAGCCCAACUCCAGUCCUCCAGUUCCCCACAACAGCCCAACUCCAGUCCUCCAGUUCCCCACAACAGCCCAACUCCAGUCCUCCAGUUCCCCACAACAGCCCAACUCCAGUCCUCCAGUUCCCCACAACAGCCCAACUCCAGUUCCCCACAACAGCCCAACUCCAGUUCCCCACAACAGCCCAACUCCAGUUCCCCACAACAGCCCAACUCCAGUUCCCCACAACAGCCCAACUCCAGUUCCCCACAACAGCCCAACUCCAGUCCUUCAGUUCCCCACAACAGCCCAACUCCAGUCCUUCAGUUCCCCACAACAGCCCAACUCCAGUCCUUCAGUUCCCCACAACAGCCCAACUCCAACCCUCCAGUUCCCCCAACUCCAACCCUCCAGUUCCCCCAACUCCAACCCUCCAGUUCCCCCAACUCCAACCCUCCAGUUCCCCCAACUCCAGUCCUCCAGUUCCCCACAACAGCCCAACUCCAACCCUCCAGUUCCCCCAACUCCAGUCCUCUAGUUCCCCACAACAGCCCAACUCCAACCCUCCAGUUCCCCCAACUCCAGUCCUCUAGUUCCCCACAACAGCCCAACUCCAACCCUCCAGUUCCCCCAACUCCAACCCUCCAGUUCCCCCAACUCCAACCCUCCAGUUCCCCCAACUCCAACCCUCCAGUUCCCCCAACUCCAACCCUCCAGUUCCCCCAACUCCAGUCCUCCAGUUCCCCACAACAGCCCAACUCCAACCCUCCAGUUCCCCCAACUCCAGUCCUCUAGUUCCCCACAACAGCCCAACUCCAACCCUCCAGUUCCCCCAACUCCAGUCCUCUAGUUCCCCACAACAGCCCAACUCCAACCCUCCAGUUCCCCCAACUCCAACCCUCCAGUUCCCCCAACUCCAACCCUCCAGUUCCCCCAACUCCAACCCUCCAGUUCCCCCAACUCCAACCCUCCAGUUCCCCCAACUCCAACCCUCCAGUUCCCCCAACUCCAACCCUCCAGUUCCCCCAACUCCAACCCUCCAGUUCCCCCAACUCCAACCCUCCAGUUCCCCCAACUCCAACCCUCUAGUUCCCCCAA